UUGUACAAAUCCAAACGAGGCGAGGCGAACCUUCGAGAAGCUUCGAGAAGGUUGUGGUUGAGGUCGAGGAGGGGAGGGGGGGGAGAUGGCGGCGGGAGGUGGUGGGGGAGGAGGAGGAGGAGGAGGAGGAGGGGAGGGGUUCGAGGAGCGGGUGAAGCGGCUGUUCGGGUCGAGGCUGUUCGACGACGUGCCGGGGUCGUCCUUCCCGGCGGCGUCGUGGUCGGUGGCGGCCGGGGACGUGGAGCGGCGGCGGUGGGCGAAGCCGUCGGAGGCCCGCGACGAGGAGGAGGCGAGGGAGGGGGCCGACGCCGCCGACCGCGGGGACACGCCCUGCGCCUCCGCGUUCUACGACGACAACGGGUGCCUCCGCGCGGGGACGCGGCGGCGGCGGCGGAGUAAGCAGGAGGAGUUCGAGGGCGACCUCGAUGAAGAAGACGAGGAGGAGGAGGAGGAGGAGAAGGAGAGGGGUGGCGGCGGCGGCAAGCAGCAGCAGGAGGAGGACGAGGAGGAGGGGGUUAGGGUUUCCAUCGGCCUCGACCCGACUCUGGAUCGAGAGGAAGAAGAGGACAAGUAUGACAGAGAGGCAUUUGGUAGAGAGGAUGCUUUUGACCGUGUAUACAUGAAUGAAAUCAUGGAUGAUGGCAUUAACAUGAGCAUCAACACUGUGGUGCCUGACAUCCUUGAUGAUUCCGUUGAGGAGAUCCACCGCUUCUCAAGGGAUCCCAGAGCAGAUAUGGGUGCGGCAUCCGCAAGACUCAAGGAGUACGAUAGUUCAGCUAAAGGUGGCACGUGUUCUCUAGCUCAGCCAAAUGAAUUCCCAAGUGGCAGGAUACAAGCAAUGAAAACCGAUGAUGCUAACGUGAAACCUAUACUGAAGCGGAAGGAGGAGCAAGGCGAUUCAAAGCCAAGGAAACGUGUCAAGUUUGCUGCUGAUGUUAAGGACCAAUCGGCAGAGCUGCCUGAACAGGAUGAAGAUUCUCCCAUGGUUCCUCAAUCCAUGGAUUUGGUCAUAGGGAAGGACUCAUCCACUCCAUCUGAGUCUCCUGGGGUUCCUGACUAUGUUAAGAACCCUGCAAAGUAUACACGUUACACUCUGGACACUCCAGAAUGUAACGAUGAAACUAACAGGAGAGCUUUUGCCGACCUGCAUGAUAUAUUAAGGAGAAUGGAACCAGAGCCUGAGGCACCACCAGUUGAGAUACCUACUUCAGUUACGUUCAUCCCACGGAAGAAGACAAUCGAUGCAAUGACAGUAGAUGAGGGUCCCAAAUCCAAUGAUGCAAACUCAUCUCUCAUUGGUCUGGCGGCAGGUGCCUCUGAUGAAACUGAGCAAUGCGAAAUGGAUGAAGAUGAUCCUAAAGCAUUGUUACCGCCACAGGUCCAAACCAACACGAAGAUGAACUCCCGUCGUUACAGAUCAAGUAGAACUGAUGAUGAGUAAAAUUGACGGUACCCUUGUCUCUUCAGUUUAAUGUUGUAAUACAAUCUACAAAUUUGAGGUUCCAAUGUUGGAGUAGUUGCUAUGCAAGUUGAGGAGAUAUGUUGAUGUACUUUUGCUUUGAUCUUCUGAUCUGAGCUAACCAGUUAUAAUUCUACUGUGGUACUUAUUGUUUAAUUAAUCUUGUACUGGGAGCUACUGUGGUCCUGUGGAUGUUGAUGUAAACUUUUACUGGUAAGCUGACUUUACUGAA